CCGGCCUCUGAGCCAAUCAGAGCCUCCCGUCCGUACCACGUGACUCCCGGUGCGGGACCCGGAAGCGCCGCCGCCGCCGCCAUGGCCGCCGCCGCUGCCCCCCCGAAGCGCCGCGGGCCCGCUCGCUUGGCCGAUCCGCGGCCGCUGUUCGAGGACACGAGCGCUCCCGGGGCCUCCCCGGGCCGGGGAUUCGGGGCUCCGCCGCCGCCGCCGCCGCCUUCGGCCUCCUCAUCCUCAGCGGGCCCGGCCGCGCCGCCGUUCGCGGCUCCCGGCGCGUUCCUGGCAGAGCCCGUCAGCAGCCUGGCCGUGGCCUACGGGAGCAGCUGGGCCUCGCACGUGGAGGGCAGCCUGUGCCGCUGGCUCCCCGCAGGGACUCUCAAGUAUUACUUUGCGGUGGACACGGCGUACGUGGGCAGGAAACUGAGGCUGCUGCUCUUCCCCUUCGGACACCCGGUAACUGGGAUGGAC